UAAUCAGAGGCAGAGUAACUGUCUAUGGGCAGGACUUGCCUUUGCCUUCCUAGGAAAAAAAAAAACUACUCGCCUACGGUUUGAUAUGAUUUGUAGCAGGAAGCUAGCAACAUAUCUCUGAUGUUAGUAACGUUAACGAUGUGACCGAGAUGUAUUCUGUAAAAUAACGUCAGAUCAGUAUCAACCAGCGGAAUGUUACAAAGCCUGCAUGACUGUGCACGGGUAACCACCGCAGUACCGUGACAUUAAAUUCGGCUGUAACGUUAACAGUGUGAGUGUGCAGUCCUCCUUGCCAAGGAAGGCGAGGCACCAGGGACCAUGAGUGAGAAUGGCCCUCAUACGUCGGCGUCAAUGUACUUUGAGGUGGAGGUAGAUCACCUGGAGCGGGACGACGACGACGAAGAAGAAGAAGAUGACAAGAUCCACUUUGACAAAGAUGAUGACUUGAUCGCCGAGCCUUCAACGUCCUCUGGUCGGGUGUACGACCGCACCACAGUACUCAUUGAGCGGGACCCUAUCCGGCUAGAUGAGGAGGGCGAAGAGGAGGGUCACUGUGGAGGGGACGAAGAUGGUGUUGCCUUCCUAACUGAGGGGGAAGGUGAUGGAGAUGAGGAGGAUGUCUCGCUGGCUUUCAUGAAUGACCCUGAUGGCAUGUCACAGGGUUAUGUGCACCACACCAUUUCUCCAGACCAGAUCCAGUUCACAAUUAAUCCUGGCUCCACUCGCAUGCCACGCAACAUAGAGGGGGCCACCCUCACCCUUCACUCUGAGUGCCCAGAGACCAAGCUGAGAGAGGUGAAGCGCUACCAGUGCAUGUUCGAAGGCUGCACCAGGACGUACAGCACGGCAGGAAACCUGCGAACACACCAGAAGACGCACCGAGGCGAAUACACAUUUGUGUGUAAUCAACAGGGCUGUGGAAAGGCCUUCCUCACCUCCUACAGCCUUAAGAUCCAUGUCCGUGUUCACACCAAGGAGAAGCCGUUUGAGUGUGAUGUGCAAGGCUGUGAGAAGGCCUUCAACACAUUAUACAGACUAAAAGCACACCAGAGACUUCACACAGGCAAGACAUUCAACUGUGAAUCAGAGGGAUGCACAAAGUACUUUACUACACUUAGCGACCUGAGGAAGCACAUUCGCACACACACUGGGGAGAAGCCAUUUCGGUGUGACCAUGAUGGCUGUGGCAAAGCCUUUGCUGCAAGUCAUCACCUAAAAACACAUGUACGGACACACACAGGGGAGAAGCCAUUCAACUGUCCCAGUGAUGGCUGUGAGAAGACGUUUAGCAGCCAGUACAGUCUGAAGAGUCACAUCCGAGGCCACGACAAAGGACAUCCCUUCACUGUCACCCUCACCCAUCCGCUCUCUGAAGACGCAAAUCACUCGCUGUGCCUCAGUGACUUGAGCCUCAUCUCUACAGACUCAGAGCUACGAGAGAACAUCCAUAAUGCUCACAAUUUGGACCUCAGCAAUGUGAAAAUCUUUGAGCUCAUGUUCCAGAGUCCUGAAAAUAGUGUCAGCCAAGAUGAUGCCAAUCCCAACGAGAGCCUUGCGGAAUCCUUCAGCCUGGAGACGUCUACCCGGUCGGUAAUGCCUGAUGGAUCGUCUCUCAUCUCUUUCUCUCUCCAUCCUACUUCAUCACCUCCCUGUCCCCACAAAACUGCAGUCAUGGAGGCUCCUUCCCAGCUCAGUCAGAGCACUUCCUCUCAGGCCUCCACCCCUGCCCCUGUCCUCACCACUGUCAGCUCCACGCAGCCGCCGCCUUUCAUGCAACUAACCGGGCCUCAGCAGAUCUCUGACGUGCCUGCCCAGGCUUCUGUCCAAGCGCCAAACAAUGUCACCACCCAGCACUUUGUGGCACUGCCCCCCACAUUCCUGUCAUCAGAUAGUGCCACCCAGACCACACUUUUACCACCAGCCAUCUCCACUCCUCCUCCAGUGGCUCCAGCACUGACCACCCCAGCACCAGGCACCGCACCUAUUUCUGUUGUUGCUGCCACCGCAACAGAUGCUCUGGCAGCUGUUUCUCAACCUGUGCCUUUGGCCAACAUCCCUGCCCCCAACCCAGGCCAUGGUUUGGCUAACACCCCUGCCACUAUCACCAUAGCUCCCACCCCAAACCUGCUGCAGCCCGGCCUGGUCAUGUCGGACCAGAACCUCCAGUGGAUCCUCAGCAGUGCUGCCAACAGCCAACAGAACCCAGAACAAACCCCACAUCAAGGAGCUCCAAAAGUGGAAAAAGUUUUCUUCACGACAGCCAUACCAGUGGGAGGAAAUGCUGGCAGCUCAGUCCAGCAGAUCGGCCUCAGUCUGCCUGUCAUCAUCAUCAAACAGGAGGAGUCCUGCCAGUGCCAGUGUGCCUGCAGGGACGCUGCUAAAGACAAGGGUUCAAAGAGUGCCUCUUCCAUUGUUUCAGCCCCAGCACAGCCGCAACCCCCAGAGCCCCCUCCUCCCCCACUAUCGCAACCCCCAGAGCCUCCACAUCAUUCAGCCACCUCAUCUUCUUCAUGCUGUCUCCCUGAGUUGUCCUCUAAGGUGAGUGAGGUGAGGCAGGAGGCACCCUCUUCUUCCUCCUACUCAGCUCAGACAGUCUCCUCGAUAGGGAGCAGCACUGCCACAAACCCUCCCUCGUCUGGUGGGUUAGCCAAUAUGGAUGUCUCAGACUUCCUUUCCCUGCAGAGCCCUGAGACAACUGGCAACAUUGAGGCUCUGCUGCUGGUCGCUGAUGACUUUAACAUGGCCACUGAUGGCAAUCCUUAGUAGAGAUGCCUUGAGUCUGGCAUCAUGUGUUUGUUGCACCAACUCAUCCACAGGCAUCAAGUCCUCCCACGUUUCGAGUCAUUCGUGUAUCAAACCCCCUGCACCUGCAGUGCAUUCUGUUCUGUAUAGCAUUGUUUAACAUUAUACUGUGUGUGUGUGUGUGUGUGUGUGUGUGUGUGUGUGUGUGUGUGUGUGUGUGUGUGUGUGUGUGUAUAUAUAUAUAUAUAUAUAUAUAUAUAUAUAUAUAUAUAUAUAUAUAUAUAUAUAUAUAUAUAUAUAUAUAUAUAUAUAUACACACACACAAAAACUAUGACUGUUUCUGUUGAUUCAUUGCAGUAGUUGAGUUUAAAAAAAGGAUUAGUUUACUUAAUGAGAUUUAGCAAAGUUAAUGAAUGCAGAGAAAAGGCAGUAGAUCCUUUAUCAACAUAAUCAAACUGUAUAUAAUAACCCCUCAAUAUCCACCCUGAAUUGAUUGAAUGAAACAAAUGAGUGUUGUCUGAUCACUGAUAACUUAGAGUUCCAUUUUCCUGAUUUGAAGAUCAGACACCUGAGCAGGAAAACAAAUGUGUCUGUAUAUGCUUGUACUGUACUAAAGGUCCUAACAAAUGCUCAAAGCUGGUAUGCAACUGACCAGGAAGCACUGUAUUAGAGGAAUUUAAAUUGUAUUGCUCCUAGUAGGAAUUUGAAGCAGUUUGCCACAUAGCCCCCCCCACACACACAUAGCUGUCAUUAAAUAUGAAGUGAUUUCCUCAGUAUUUUUGUUUUCUAGGAAGACUAGUGUAGUCCAGAAAAUGUGAUUAUUAUUUUUUACUUACAAAGUUAUUUACUAAUUGAGAAAAGAACCUGUGAUCCAAUCUGUCUGUCUUAAGUGAAAUCAAUAAGUUGCCUAUAACUUAAACUAAUUUAAAAUUGUACAUGUUAAUUUAUUUAAAUACUUGAUUCUUUCAUUAUACUGAUAAUACUAUUAUCUUCAAGAUAGCAGAGAAAUCUAUUAAUUUAUUCCAAUCACUUGUAUUUUUAAGUUGAGUUUUUGUUACUGACUUGCUUUUUUCUUUUUAAAAACGUAAUGAUAUUGCUAAAAGCAAGUUUGAGAAAAGAUGAUUGUAGACUGCAAAGUGGAAAAUUUAUUCUUGAUCUGCUUGUUUGCAAAAAUGAAACCGUAAGGAACUACUGUCAACAUCCCAUGUGUUAUAGGGUUGUGACCCUCUCAGGGAUGCAUCAAGUCAUAACUGAUCCUGGUUCCAUUAAUUUGUUACUCAGACAAGUUUUUCUCACCAGAUGCCCCACACUUGCAGUCGCCCUACAUUUUGCUGCACUCUUCCCUGUUUAUUGCACACUAACUUGUAAAGUGAGUAAUCUGACAGCUUUUUAGCUGAGGUGCAGCACCACUACAUACUUUUUGUAUACAACUGCUGUUAAAGUAGCAUUUAAAAGAUGGUGUCCUGGCGACAGUGUAAAUACAGUACAUUUUAGUGUAAACAUUUGAGAAACUUGUAGAUUAUUCUAGAAUUUGUAUUUUUGUAAAAACUUUUGAAUUACUGAGUUUGGAGCUAAUGUAUAGCCUCUACCCUUGUAUUUUUCCCCCAGUCACAUUUAUGCAGAUGUGUUUUUGCUGUGUUUAGUUGAAUAGUUCUUCAAGCAGCUGGGCUUUUGUACAGUCCCCAAAGUAAGAAAAUAUAUGUAACACAUAGCCUCCUGCUGAGAGUACAAUUUAACAGUAUUGUUUUACAUGGGACACAAUGCAAUGAUGAUUGAACAAAGGCAUUAUGCCCUGUAUACUAGAGUGUAGAGCUACUUAGCCUUACAACAGAACUGUUUUAUGAGCCUCCUUGCCUUGGCAGUCUCUGCUUUAGACAGACUUGCCAUUAACAUGCCAACACACUCAUUUUCACUGAGUCUCUGGCAAACUUUCCAGCAGCAGAUCACAAUAAGGCAAAAGCAUUGAGACAAAAAAGCGUGUGCUUUUCCUAUAAAUUAUUGUUUUGCAGCUGUCUGUUUGGAAAGUCAUUCAUUGAUAUGCAGCAUAACUGAUGUGAGUCUACAUUUAAAUUCCAGGUUGUGGGAUCAAACCAAACUGACAUGCAUGUUACAUAACUCAUGCUUGGCUUUAUUUUUGCCAACAUUUAGGAGGUGCCAAGAAGGCAGUUAAUAAGUUGUAAAAGGCUCCAGUCACACCGUGUGCUCUAAACCAUUCCACAUAUGCAGUAUGAGAGAUCAGGAGUGUCCCUACUUGGUUCAAUUGUAUUACAAAAAAUGUUGAUCAUUUACUCACCCUUUUCUUGUUAAGGCACUCUGAAAUUACUGCCAGAAAUUAAGUUCAUACCAUCUAUAUAUAUAUAUAUAUAUAUAUAUAUAUUAUACAUGCAUACUGUCAAAAAAACAAAACUAUGCAAUUUUAUGUGCGGCAUUCACCAGUUUAAAUACUGACUCCAAGACGAUAUGUAUUCCUCCCUUUGUUAAAUGAUACUCUGCCACAACCUUAUAUGCGGAACUCAAGAGGCAAAAGUUGCCUUUCCAUUGCCUACAAUGUUAAAAGCAUGUUUCUUGAACUCCAGUAUAUUGCAUUUCACAUUUGGAGUGGUGUUCCCAUGAAUGUGGCAACACUGCAAUCUUUCUACAAUCUGUUUAAAACCAACUGGAUAAUUUUAAGUAAAUGAUUCUGUUUUAAGAAUUAUUUUGGUCAAGUGUAAGCAAGUUGUUUCAUUUGGGCUAACUCCAUUUGUGUAAUCAUCUCAGCCUUUCACAUUUAAAAUUUGAUGUGGGUUAUUAUUUAUCAUCACUAAUGAGUCAAAACAUAGUUUUGUUUAAUCAAUAGGCAGAAAUGGUUUGUGAUGUGACCCAAGUUUGUCUCUGUAGUUUACCUGAAAUGCUCAUGUCAGCAAAUUACUGAGACAUUUUUUUGGAAGCAGCUUGAUCAGUGUUUUAGAUCAAGAAAGAUUCUCAAUUGGGCAAUAUUUAAAAA